AUGGAGCCACGACUUUAUAUUUGUAGUGGAGAACGACCGUAUUUGCUGAAGGUCCGCGGUCUCCGUCGGCGUGGGUGGGCGCCGCUCAGCGAAGACGAUGCGGAAACCUAUCCCGGCAGCAGCUGUCCACAGGCGUACCGGGCAGAGCCUCGUCUCAGCGACGCCGGCGCAACGCUUCAUCCGACCAAACACAUAGCGGGGUCCGCAGUGCACUUUGCGCGCGGCACCAGCGCACAGCGCUCUCACCUGUUUAGCCCGCCGGUCGAGGCGGUUGCCCGAGGUGUGGCCGUCGAGCAGAUUCCAGCUACGUUGAGUUACAGGUGAGAGUUGGGUGCCAGUAAAUGGACGCUAGGCGUAGCCUCACCUGCAAGCAAGUGAGCGACCACCACGACCAUCACGUGAACCCACCGCUGGACACCCCUACACCCCACAUACAAACAUACACAAAUACAUACACACAUCCAUACAUACUUACGUACAGUGGUACCCUUAGAUACUGCCUUUGGAUCUUUGAUUUAAGUCGACUGUUCACACACUGGAAUAAAAUCUUGGAAGGCCGUUCAGUUUCUGGGUAAUUUUUGAAUAUAGUCCCUCUUUACACGGCAAAUCUAUUUUCCGACCGCAUUUCUUUGGUGGGGGAAUUCGUCAAUUUGUUCUGGCAACCAAGUUUCUCUGGAUAUAUUCGGUUUCCAUUUCUCCUCCUUAACUGCCUGUUAAGAUCACUUGUAAACCGAGCAGGACAGUUUGUCGUUUUUAGCAAAUUCCCUGAAAAACAGGGUCGAAUCAGUUCUAACGAACUCAUCUUAAACGAUCUUCAGUCGUCCUACGAAUCUCCCUUGUGCAGUGUCGAUCCACGGACAUCAAUUCGUUCUUCAUCAUUUUAACUUCUGUCUUUCAUUUAUUUCCUUGGCCUCUCCUUGUAUUUUGACAGUGAAAAUAAAGCGAGUAAUACUACAGUAGCUUUUUAUGGUCAUUCUUAUCGAGCGGUGCAGUGAAAUGCGCUUAACCAAUGUAAGAGAAGUCCUCCAUGAAAACAAGGUCCAAGAAAUUUGCUUUUUGGUUACUUCUCUAAAUCCCGUUGGUGUCAUUACAUGCUGUGCAAGAAGGAAGUCCAGUGUGAGGUUAAUCGACUUACAGCUGAAGGAAGUUGACGCAUCGCCAACCCUGAGAUUUUCCCAGUCUAUUGCAGAUGCGCUUAAGCUUGUAGCAAUAAAAACCGCUUCGCGGCUAGUUACUUUCCUGACCAUUUUAAAAAGGGCUCAUCAGCUGGAGUCAGAAGGUUUUGUCAUUUGCAAAACGUCAGAAAUUCUAUGCUUUGUGGAUAAAUCUUCUUUGUUUUUAUUCAGACGAAUUCGGAUCCAAGGAGGGGUUUACGCUGGUUCAGCUGCCAAAAUUCCUGCCAUUGCGUGUACGACUGCAUCGCCAUCCUAUCUGUUUUAACGCUCUCUGCGAAGGAGCUGGUAUCCUUGUAUCAGAAUCUCGGUAUGAAAGACUUAUGCUUUGAUCCCUAUUUUCGUUAUGGCUACAACGUCGGUGUUUCUCUAGGACACCAGCGCCUAGUGUACGGAAAUGUUCAAAACAAGACUUUCAGUAAUAACGUACAAAAAUCUGGUAUACAGUUGUCCUUCCAAUUCGUGAGGUGAAAUGCAAAAACCUGAGGGCGAUGGUCGGGAUGGACUGAUUUUUAUCACGCCUAGGCUAUUAAGUCUAUAAGCUUUCUCCAGUAAAAUGACCUCCGGAGAUGUAUAAUUUCCCGUUAGACAUUUUGAGAUUGCUUUCGCCCAAGUUGGAUCCUCUAAUGAAUUCCGCCUUGAGCCCGGUGAAAAAACAUUGAAACUUGUCCGGGGGCUUCAGUUUCCUCUUUCAUUGUAAUGCUUGGCACGAUACAUGCGUUACUGAAAAUAUUCUAGAAUCGUGUUCAAAGGUGACAUUUAUUUCCGCCCUGACGCCGUCCGUUUAUAAUUCGUUAUACACUGACACAUGCAGGCUGGUCCUGCCCUCAUUUUUAUCAUUUCAUGAGCGGCAGUUUUUCUCUCCUGUAAAGCAUGCCCAAUCAUAUUUUGAAUCCUGGUGUGGAUUUUUUUACUACUUGCUCAUCAUUUUUUGGCAGACUACUUUUUCAGGAACUAUGAAUAGCAAAUUGUACAGGUUCUGCCAACCUCGUCUAAAAUUCAUAUGGACAUUUAUUUUUUCUUGCUUUGAAGGGACUCCGAUAGGUCUUUCGUAAAAUCACUUAAUUAAUUUUAUUCAAUUGCUGUGAGUAUGAUUUUCAAUGGGGUGUUCCAAGAUUAACGUUCACCAAGGCAAAUGUAUGAAAAUGUCAUUUUUCGCACCAAUUCCUCUUCACGGAAUGGUGUCUGAUCAGGUAAAUAUUUAUAUAUGAUGUUUGGAAUCAAGAGGGUCUGCAAUCUAGAAAGCGCACUAGGGCCCUGCACUAGGAAGCCUGUACCUGACUUCCUAGUAUCGAGAGCCUGACUGAAUGCCUGUACUAACCCCAUCGCAGACUGAGGACCUACACUUUCUCAGCUUGCCCAAGUCUUUUUCCAAAGCACAUGGCCAAAUUAUAACGGAAGGGAUCAUGGGUAAGUCUAAGAGGUCGUUCCCGUAUUGAUUUUAAUCCUGAACAUAUUAAUGGUCGACGUUUUCGUAAAAAAUAUAAUAUCCGAUACUCCACUGGAAUGCGUAUAAAUAAUCGUACAGGUAACUAACUUGACUUCAUUGCUUUCGGUGCUUGGGAUGAAAGAGGAUGCAUUGGACGACUUUCUGAAAUCCCAAUAUCUAUGCUCGUUGUUUGUAAGGGAACAAAUGUUGGGGUUAACGGUUGGGUUUUUAGAAAACGUCCUGUCCAUCCCAGUUCCCCGAAAGCAAAUCACGGAAAGUAGCUUUCUCUCGUGAGUUGUUCUUCGUAUUGUUCAAUGCAAACGGCGGGUCAGCGUUUUGUAAACAGCAAAAUACUUGCACCAUUUAAUUAAACUGUGCAAAAAUAAAGCUGAUCCCACUUUCAGAUUGGGUAACGGAACACCAUCCACUGGGAGAGACGUAGAGUUGGCAUGGACAACUCAGGGAAGUCGAUACUGGGACGUCCGAGAAGCCCCAACUUUUAAGAGGAUCUUUUUUGAAACUGGGUGUUUCCAGAUGUUUAAAUAUUAGUCGUUUAUGGGUCCGAAAGCUAUUUGCCGAAGCCCGUAUAUUCCAUUACAUUCAUUCCUUUCAUAGAGUAAAAGUGAAUACCUCUCGAGACAUUGAUUUCUUGAAAGUUUGUUAUUCAGUCCGAAAGUGAAUACAAUUAUUAUGGAACGGAAAAUGACGAUGACCUUUGUACAUUAAGCCUUUAUCAAAUUUUGAUUUAACAAAUGGCCCAUACGCCGGGGCUUUUAAAGGGUGUGUGCAUCUGCGCCUUACAAUCACGCCUUUUCCAGCUGUGUGUGCGUCAAUGUACAUUGCUUUUGUCCACAGCCCUAGUUACUCCCGUAAUAUUUACUUUCUGCAGUUGAUUGAUAUUCACUUAUUUAAUCAUAACUACACUAUUAUAGAUAUCUGUAAUGUCGUAGAAUUUUACAUUUAGGCAUUAAUGCCUUUUCCCUGGCAGGAAAGACUUUCAGAACCACCUACGUUCAUUUCCUAAAUUAACGAGAAAGGCAGCUGCUCGUAGGUAAUCAUUUCUUGCCAACAGUGACAGCCCGCAACCAAUACCCCAUAAGAUACUAACCCGCAGGCCAAGCAAUGCAUUUAUAAAUACAUUGAAACUAAAGUCGGAAAUGAGUCCUGCACUGCGCGGCAAAUUGUGAAAUACCCACUUUGUGUUCAUUUUCUUCUAAUGACUACAAAGUCUACAUUCGCUCUCAGUCCUUUAUCUGUACCCGUACGCACUCGGACAAGGGACGCACCUUGCCAACUUUCGUAUGAACCAACAUUCUUAACUUAUUUAAGUAGCGCUCGUUCUGGUGCAAAGCGGACAAUUACAGAGCCCUCAAUGGCUGCAACCUUGCGGAUAUCGCGCUUGAUGUUCGGGCUGUACGACAUUACAUUGCUCAGGUUCGACAGGCCAUGGUAACUGCCUACACCAAAGACACUGCUGCCGAUCUGUCUUAUAAUCCUGUCUAAUGUGGACCGAAAUCUGCCUGUUGACAUGCGACUAACCAGUAUGCCAUUUAAGCCAGUGUAUUCACAGUCCAAUGCAUGUUCACAGCUACCCACAUUAAGUGAGAUUUUGUUAAUCAUCUGACGUCCAAAGCCAAGGUGGAUGUACUGUCCCUGUCGCUGGAGCUACAUUGCACGUGGUCGUCGUCUCUAACAGCGUUCUCGGAUCUAAGGGCCUAUCUCCCGCUAACGUUUUAAAUAGAGGAAGCGAGAUCUUCAGGUUAUAAUGCGGGGCACGUGAACAGCCCACGGCAUCACCUUACGUUCAGCUUGUGGUCUCUAACAUCUGUAUUCGCCAUGCUCACACUGCAUAUACAGAGGGCUCGCACACUCAUAUCGCUGAAACUAUUUGCGGCAUUGCUUACCGUGCACUCUGAUCCUGACUACGGCGUCGAAAAUGACGAAUCGGACAAUGACCUUUACCCGCCCCCUGCAUUGCCCAUCACUUCCUGUUAUCUUUUCUUAUCGCGCUAUUCGCCGUGUAAAAGAUCUAAUGAAUUCUGUUUGGAAAAUGUAGGCAGUCAAACAUUAUUAAAAUCGUAUAGUAAAUAAGUAGGUAGAUGACAGUGGCCGCUAAGGCAGAGCGCGUCAAGCACUCCAACCACCGAAGCCGGAUACGACACUUCGAUUAAAAUGGUACUCUCUGGCUGUGCCCAUUGCCCUCUAGAUCGCCUGUCUCCCAAUGUGCAUCAGUGAAUAAAAAAUUUCACAUCUGUUGUCUAACCUCCGUGCGCACACCCGUUGUCCGCCCCACAUCGACGCCGCUUUCCUGCACGCAUGCACUGGCAGUAUGCCAGCUUUGUCAUUCGAAAGUUGGCACUCAAACCAACCGUGGUCAUGACGUUGACUGACAGUUUCUAGAGUCGCUCCAUCAUGCGAAUAUCAGCUCGUGGACGUUUUCUAGGCAUGGAAGUACCGAGAAUAUGGUAGGACAAUACCGGCAUUUGCCAUUAGGGCUCCUUACAUUCCGUACGGGUUCAAACACGCCAAUCACGUCUUUUCCAAUUUUUUACAUACAGGGCUACUUUUUACGCUCUUUCCCCUACUAAAUUCGUUUUCCACUAUCCUGACCAAUUUUUAAAGGCCUGCUACGACGCACAGGCGGGGAAAGCGGACAUCGGCAAAAUCUGUCACUUAGCCCAAAGACAUUUGGUAAACAAGCCUGCCGAUAUAAGAACGGUUCCCAGAGGCAUGUAGGUGACUCUUGAUUCCACAGCACGACAAAAUGCCUUCAGCGGCUGAGUUCCAGCCGAUUGGACUGUCGGUAGGGCUGCCAUCCUCCACUCGCUUAUUCCACUGCCGUGAGAAGUGCACAGUUAGUUUUAUAUCUGCAAAGUAGCAUGUGAAAAGGCAGCCGUAGAUAUAUUGUUACCCGUUCUACGCCUGCAAAACUGCAGUGACAUCAGCGAGUAGAACCGACGAAAACUACCAGAUAGUUCUGCCCCCGCCGGUUUCCCUGUCCUAUUUGCGAAACAGGGGACGUUCAAAUAGCCCAAACGGUUUCAGCGGAGUCCACCCGUCAGCUCGCCUGUUAAUGCUGACCGAUGAUCCGUGGGAUAAGCCACAGCCAGGAGAGGCUGUGCGGGAUCCGACUCGUUUAAGGUAGGUGAGACGGGCGAGUCUAUUUGCCUGCGCGUUCUGAUAGUUUGUCGCUGGUCAGUCACACCCACCGCACACUGAUGGACACAGGGAUAUGUCUGCAGUCAGCAGCGGUAAUGUAUCCCCUGGAAUGGGAAGUGAUUGUCAGCGAGGUUGUACUCAGCAGCAUGUUGGUUUGCGGCAAGUACUAUUCAACACUCGUUUCACAGGUAAAUGAUACCACUACAACUGAGUUAAGCGGUUAGUGCCAGUCAGUCAACCACAGGCAUGCAGUUAGGACGGACGGGAUUCGAUACAGUUGGCAUAAUGGAGCUGGACUGCGAGGUGGAACAAACUCGAACAAUAAACUCGCGUGUGCACAAUACGUACAGAGACCAAACCUUAUCAUGAUUUCCGGGUUCUUCUUUGUUUACUCCCAGCUAUCGAUGGAAGAUGAUGAAGCCUAUCUCUUUUUACCCUAAAACUAUACUUUGCGUAAAGCCGAACUUUUUUCGCCUUUUAGCCGAAUGGUCUCUUUACCAGAUUUUAUCUCGAAAGUCCUGCAAUCAUGGACUGUCUUACGGCUGGCAGAGAGUACUUCAACAGCCGGCCAAAAUACUCCUAAAGAAAUUGAUGGCUUACUGCCGUUUAUAAUGCAGCGCCUCAACAAGAGGGUUUUAGAAGAGGAUCUGGCUGAGUGGUUAGAAGAUUACUUAUGUACACAUCUCAACGUCUUAUGUGAAGAUGACAGCCAGUUCGACGUUGCCAAGUUAAUAGUUGACGGGUACAACCUGAGCGCCGCUGGCAAAUUAACAGAGCUGGCCGCGCUGGCAGGUACACUUCCAUCCGGAUGCGAUUUACAGCAGUGUUCCAUACAGGCAGUCAGUUGUGAGGUGCCCGCUGAGGAGCUGGAUGACGAUGACAGUGAUACGGACGCAAGCGGCGACGGGAUUGAAGACCUUGCUGGUGAGGAUUCCGAAAUGGAUACGGACCAGUGA